CUGCGCUCGCCGGGGGCUCAGGUCCUGCAGCAGCAGCUCCUGGGGGUCACUGCCGUGGGGAGCCUAGACAUCUCCGACAACGGUUUCGACUCCGAUUUGCUGACGCUGGUCCCUGCUCUGGGCAAGAACAAAUCCCUCAAACACCUCUGGCUGGGCAAGAACUUCAGCGUCAAGUCCCGGACGCUGGAGGAGAUACUUCACAAGAUCGUACAGCUGAUUCAGGAGGAAGAUUGUUCCCUGCAGUCUCUCUCCGUGGCCGACUCACGGCUGAAGUCCCGGACCAGCAUCCUCAUCAAUGCCCUUGGCAGUAAUACCUGCUUGAGCAAGGUGGAUCUGAGCGGGAACGGCAUGGAGGACCUGGGGGCCAAGAUGCUGUCCAAGGCCUUGCAGAUCAACAGCACCCUCCGGAGCAUCGCCUGGGACCGGAACAACACGACGGCACUUGGCUUCCAUGAUGUCGCCCGAGCCCUGGAGAACAACUACACCCUGAAGUACAUGUCCUUCCCCAUGAGCGACAUCACAGCUGCUUACCGCAGUGCCCCAGAGAGGACGGACGAGGUGUGGCAGAAGAUCCAAUGGUGCCUCCUCCGAAAUGGCCAUUCCCAGAAGUUCUCCCAGGAGCAGGCGUUCCGACUCCAGCAGGGGAUCGGCACCAGCAGCGCCGAGCAAAUGAUCAGACGGCUGUGCCUGCGGGUCCAGGAAGAGGUGAGGGCUCUGCACAGCUGCCCUGCCGAUACCGUCCAGGAGGAGGUGCUCUACGCGCGGGAGCUCAUGAAGGAGGCCAAGAACUCGCGGGCGGUGAGACAGACCCCUCCGUCCGGGCCCUGCCCCAUUCCCUCCAUCCCCACCCCUCUCGAUGUUCCCCACAUCUGUACACAGCACCCCUGUCUGAACACUGGCUCCUCUAGCUGA